AUGUUACCUGAUUCCAACCUUAUCAACGAACUUGCUGGAUCCCCAUCUCCACCAAAACUCCAACCUGAUAAUAACGACCCUAACCAUUCAAGCAUUUCAGAUAACGAAGUUCCUGCUGAUAAGAGAUAUGACAAAGAUAUUGAUGGUUUAGAUGAUUCAGCUGUAAGUGCCGACAAUGAGUUGCCUCAGCAAACCUUUAAUGGGGUCCAACAAGCAACUGAAUUUACUCCCCGGCUUGAAACCAUCCUUCCAAAAGUGACAAUCGCACCAAUUUUAAACUCUAUCCAUUCGCAAAGGGAGGCUACCAAGGUCUUGCAUAUGACUAAAAACGAUAUUCGCAAUAUUUUGUCAGAUAUGUACCCUCCUAUCUGUUGGAAUAUAUGUCAUGUCUUCUCCGCUAUGUCUAAUCACGGAAACACUACAGGAGUCAAUGAAGGACCCUCAUCCUUCGAGUCAGCCAGCACUGGAAGUUCUGUUGCCCACUCAACAUCUGAGACCCAUUCAAAGAACAACGCCAGCUCUUAUGAGACAUUCGCCGAUCUCCCUGUUCAUCGUCAAAUUGAUCUCGCUGACCGUUCUGGAUUUACCGUUAGACAAUUAACCAUUGCCAACAUACCAUCCUCCCCCAUCCCAAAAUCUAUCAAUGCCAGUAUAUUUGGUAGAGUUCUUAGUCUGGAAGAAAUAUUAGACUCUAAAAAACCUAAAGGUAUCAAAUGCUUAGAGUACGAGUUGGUCUAUUUUGAGCAAUUUUGUCAAUAUCCUUAUCUCCUUACUCUGCCUCCUAAAGACGACUUAAUCGAGCUUGUUCAUCGUAAGAUUGCAACAGUAAUUUAUGAAAAAUACAACGCUUCUCCCACUUAUCUAUUUCCAGCCAAAAAUGCAAUGGAAAGCUUUCAGCACGAGUUGAAGCGAAUUAAAGUCCCAAAUGGUUUCGAUGGAAAAAGUGGGAAAACAAAUAGUGAAAUAAGCGCACGUUUUCUAAGUCGUGCUUUACCAGGUUCAAGUUCUAAAAUUGAAUCAGUCAGAGAAAGUUUGGAGAAAUUUAAACUAUUAGCAGCAUUUCAUUACCAGAAUUGGUCUUAUGCUAACACUCAUUUUCAAUCGAAAGAUGCCUUAAAGGAAUGGAUUAAAAACAGGCAACUAGAUGAUAGAGCAUCUAUCGAAGCUGUUCUCCAUCGCCAUCAGGGUCUUCCUACAUCAGUCUACGAUAAAUCUAAUACUGCAAGCACCAAAGAUCAAAAGGAACUUGAAAUAAUUGGCUAUGAUCCUCAUUCUACAAAUAAAGCAGGUUUUGCUAAAGGUAAAGCUUUGGAGAAACGAAAGGGGAAGUCAAGGGUUGUAUUGGACCAAAGCAAAGUCAUUAAACAGCAUGAUGAUAAAUUUCUCGAUAAUAAAUAUAUGAAUUCUGUUCAGAAUGUUAUUGAAGGUUCCUGUACUUAUUUGGAUAGUCAAACCAGUACGUCCAAACUUAUUUUGGAUUCUAUAGAUGAGAUUAAGGAUGAACUUAAAGGUUUGAGACAUAGCACAACAAAUCACUACAGGCAAAUUCAUGGUUAUUUAAAAAAUAUUGAUGCUAGAUUAAAAGAUCUGGAGAGAAGUUUUGAUAUCCUGUUAUGGGCCGCACUUCGGCUUAUAUUAAUCUUACUUCCUCUGAAAAAACUCACUCCUCUCAACUAUCAUGUCUGGGCUACCAAAAUUCUUUUGGGUCUUCGUGCUAUGAAUAAUGGUGUCCACCUUUAUGUCGAAGCUGGUACUGUCAAUCCAGCUGCCAAUGAAUCCCUUGAAGACCUCACCGCCUCGCUUGAUACCGUCGUCCAUGAUGUCAUCCUCAACAAUAUUUCUCCUGAGUUGAUCGAACAUGUUAAUGAUGUGGCCAUUAGAGGCCGUGACCUCUGGCUUUACCUUCAUCAGGAGUAUAGUCAACUCCAACCCGCCGAUGUCAUCUCUCUUAUGAAAUCCCUCUAUGCUGGCAAUAUUGAUGUUGGUCCAAAGUUUGUUUCUUCUGUUCGUUCAUAUGUUGCUACAUGGCGUUCCAUCUACCAAUCAUUGUCGCCUGAUUCGGUUGUGGCCUUCAACGCUUUGGCCUCAAUGGGUCCCAAUUGUGAGCGCUUCAUCCAGUACGCCUUGGAGCACCGCUUUGAUAGUAACAACAAUACUGACAACCUUGAUAUUAACAACUUCAUCCGGAACACUGAUAAAUGGGCCAAGUUGUUGAAGAUUACUGGACCUCCAGCUACUCUUUCGACUGAAGCGUUCGUUGCUUCAUCAAAGAAGUACAAUAACAAAUCUAAGGGUGAUGGUAUCAAAUGUUUCCGUUGUAAGAGGCGUGGUCAUACUUCCAACAAUUGUCAUGUCUCUUGGGAAGAGGUUCAGGCUGCUCGCCAAGAUAAUAAGGAUGACAAGGAAUCUAAGGAGGCUAAAACCUCAAGAGGUUGGUUUGCUGAGACUAUUGAUGAAUUUUCUGAGAUAGUUGAUGAUGAUCCAUUUGUGAGUUCCGCUUUUGUGUCCGAGACAUCUGUUGUUUCUGAAAAGUUUGGUAACAGUUGCUCCGAGUCGUUUGAUGAUUUGGAAUCCGAACUUUUUGAUUCUUCUGAGCCGUGUGUCGGCGAUGAAGAUUGUUUUGUUGGUCAAGUUUCUGAGUAUUGUUCAAACUCAGGACUUGAUAUUGAUUCAGUUGGUAAACCGUUUGUUGGUUCCACUGAUGAUUCUUGUUUUAUUUCUGAACCGUAUGUCGGUUCUACUGUUGUUUGUUUGGAGUCUGAACCGUGUGUCAGUUCAGCUCCUAUUUGUUUUGAUUCUGAAUCGUUGGUCGAUUCGGAUAUUGUUCCUUUUGAUUCUGAACCGUUGGUCGGUUCUUCUUUUAUUUCUUGUUCUGAUUCUAAACCGUUGGUCGGUUCUGAUGAUGAUAUUGUCUUACCUUCUUUUGAUUUUUUGGUGGAUUCAAUUACUGAACCUUCUCCGCCUAUUGUUAAACCUAUUGUUACACCAAAAUCCCGUUUUUCUCCAUUCUUUUACUUAUCUUUUGUUACCAUCAUGUUGUUUUCCUUGAUUUUAAUUGUCGUCUGGCAUCCUUCUUCAAUCUUGGAUUUAAGUCAUUCAGUCCAUCAUGUUUUUGUUGCUGAAUCUACUACUUCUGCUGAGGCCAACUUAGUUGUUGGGUCUGAUUCUUUUGACUUUAUCCAUGAUACCGGUGCUACCAGUCACAUUUGCAAUAACAUCUCAUAUUUUUCUUCUCUUCGUCCCACUUCGGCUACCAUUCGUGGUCUUGGUUCUGCUACUGCUGAGGGGGUUGGCGACAUUGUCGUCGAUCUUCUUGGUAAAGAUGACCAGCCUUGUGACCGCGUUGUUCUUCGAGAUGUUUUAUAUGUUCCUAAGAUUCCUCGCAAUUUAUUUGCUGCUCGUCGAGCUACUGCUGGUGGUUGUCGGUUCAUUCAAGACCUUAACCAUAUUUCUGCUGUCGAAAAUGGCAAAACUCGAGUCCACGCCAUUGCCAUGGGUGACUUGUACUUUUGUCGUUUCCGAGUUGUUUUGCCUUCCAAGCCAGUUCAUGAGGUGUUUGCUGUUGAGUCGUCUGCCAAUCUUUGGCACAAGCGACUUGGUCACGCCAGUGUGGACGUUCUCAAGAAAUUAUCUAAGUCACUUUCUGUCAAGCCUACUCAUUUUGAGGUUGUGGAUAGUCAUAAGUGUGACGCUUGCUUGGGUGGCAAAGCCACAGCAUUGCCAUUUAAUGGUACCACAGAAAAAGCUAGUCGUCCUUUGGAGUUAUUUGUUUCUGAUUUAAGCGGUCCUCAUGUCGCUACCCCUGUGGGUCAUCGUUAUGUCUUAACCAUUAUGGAUUAUUAUUCCAGGUACUCUUAUGUGGAGUUGUUGGUUAGGAAAAGUGAUGCAAGUCUUGCCAUUCGUAACUUUAUUGCUAGGUGUGAAUCUUAUUUUUCUGGUGAUUCUGCUGGUGAUCGAGUUGCAUAUUUUCAUUCUGAUAAUGGCGGCGAAUACAUUUCCAAAGACCUGGAGCAGUUCUUUGUGUCUAAGGGUAUCAAGCAUACUUAUACAGUUCCUCAUACUCCUCAACAAAAUGGUGUUGCUGAGCGAUUGAAUCGCACAUUAUUUGAGAAAGCCAAGUCUAUGCUUUUAUAUGCUCAUGCUCCUGAAUACUUAUGGGGUGAAGCUGUCAAGUCUGCUAAUUAUAUUAGGAACCGUCUUCCUAGUCGUACCACUGGUGGUGUUGCACCUCUUCAACUUUGGACUGGUAAACCUCCUAGUUAUCAUCAUAUGAAAGUAUUUGGUUGUCAAGCUACAGUUGUUCUUCCUGGUGCUAAAAGAGAAUCUAAGUUAAGUUCAAAUACUGAAGCUGGUGUUUUUGUUGGGUAUUCUUUGGAUCGUACAGCUUAUCGAGUUCUUCUUGAUUCAAGCAUUGUUGAAGCCAGGAGUGUUUACUUUGAUGAGUCCAAGUUUCCAUUUAUGAAAAGUGAUAAGGACUUGUCUAUUAAUGGUACUGGUGUUGGGUUUAGUGUUGGUUCUGGUUCAGGGUCCAUGUCAGGACCUUGUUUUGAUUCUAAGGGGACUGGUUUAGGAUCUAAUGUUAGGGUUAAUUCUAUUGCUAGUUCUGAUUUAAGUUCUGGUUCUAGUUUUGGGUCUCAUAGAUCUUUACCAGCAUCCUCAUCUGGUUCUGGUUCUGGUUCUAUUUGUGCUUUACCGUCUCCGUCUCCGUCUUCUUCACCGUCUCAUUCUCCGUCGCCGCCUCCUUCUUCUUCUUCUUCUAUUAUUGUUAAUAUGCCUCGUUCUGUUCGUCGCAUUUUGUCUACACCUUCUGCUCCUCUUGAGUCUCCUACUCUUCCUACUCUUCCUUCUAUUGCUUCAGUUCCAUCUCUUCCUAGUUCUCCUAUUCUUCCACCUUCAGAUCAUGAUGUCUCUAUCUCUCCUGACUCAAGUCCAAUUGUUUCUUCUUCGGAAUAUAUUCCUUCACAAUUAGACUUAUCUGAAGCUGGUCCAUCUAUUAAUGAAUCUGAUAUUUCAGAAUCUCCUUCGUCUGAUCUUGUUAAUUCUCUUGACCAAGCUGGUGUUAGUGUUGUCACUAAGGAUGAUACUCAAGCUGUUUUGCCUAAAUCUCGAUCUCGUGUUGUUGCUGUUCGUUUACCUUCUAUAACUCCUGCCAAACGCCCGAGUUCAGAUGACAUUGUUUCACCUCCUUCUAAACACCUUUGUGAAAAUUCUUUGAAACAAUCUCCAGUGUCUGCAACACCUGCAAAACGUCCAGCUGAAGAAGAGUGUAUUUCUUAUCGUCGUCUCAAAUCUCUCCGCUUUGAGUAUGAUGAUGUGGCUUUACUUGUUUUUACAGAUCCUAGUAGUUUUGAAGAAGCUAUGUCUAGUGAAGAAGCUGAGUUUUGGCUUGAAGCCUGUGUUAUUGAAAUGUCGUCUCUUAAACGCAAUGGUACUUGGGAAUUGGUUGAUCUCCCACCUGGUCGCAAGGCUAUCAAUAGCAAAUGGGUGUUUAAAGUUAAGCGCAAAGCUGACGGUUCAAUUGAACGUUACAAAGCUCGUCUCGUGUGUAUUGGAUUUUCGCAAGUUGAAGGUAUUGAUUAUACUGAAACUUUUGCUCCCGUUGUUCGUUACGAGACUGUGAGGAUUGUUCUUGCUAUUGCUGCUCAGUUUGGGUUCCAGGUUCAUCAUAUGGAUGUCGAGACUGCAUUUCUUAAUGGUGAUCUCAAAGAAGAUAUUUAUAUGAGACAACCUAAAGGCUUUGUUGUCAAAGGUCAGGAAUCUAAAGUGUGUCAUUUGAAGAAGUCUUUAUAUGGUUUAAAGCAAGCUCCUUUGUGUUGGAAUGAGAAGAUUCAUGGUGCUCUUGUCAAACUUGGGUUUAUUCGUAAUGAAAGUGACUACGGUGUGUAUACCAAAGGAUCUGGGUCUACCAUGGUCAUUAUUGCACUGUAUGUUGAUGAUUUACUUAUUUCUGGCAAUUCUUCUGAAGUCAUUGCCAAAACCAAGUCUUCUUUGUCAUCUAUGUUUAAGAUGAAAGACUUGGGCCCAGUCGAGCAGUUCCUUGGCAUGAGAGUUAAGCAGUCACCUUAUCAUAUUACUGUGGAUGUUUCACGUUAUAUUUUUGACAUGUUGGAGGAGUUUGGUAUGCAGAAUUGUUCAAGUGUCAAGACUCCUUUACCCACUCGUGAUCUUUCUGAUUUUUCCGAGUCUGACUCUGCUACCGAUGCCUCCAUGUAUCGCAGUAUUAUUGGUAAGCUGAUUUAUGCUGCUAAUUGUGCUCGUCCUGAUCUUGCUGUUGCUGUUAGCUUUCUUUGUCGAUAUAUGCAGAGUCCUAAGUCUAUUCAUAUGGAAGCUGCUAAGCAUACUCUUCGUUAUCUUAAGGGUACUGCUGAACUUGGUCUUGAAUAUCGAGCUCAGAAAGUCUACAAGCUUGUUGGCUAUAGUGAUGCCGAUUAUGCACAGGACAAGCAGGACCGUAAGUCCUUUACUGGUCCUGCAUCGUCCAGCGUCGAGUCUGAGUAUAUGUCAUUGUCUGAUGCGUCUAAGGAAUGCUUCUGGAUUAAUCAGUUGUUGUCUCUUUGCAAGAUUCCUGUUCCGUUGCCAGUGACUAUGUUUGAGGACAAUCAGGGAUGUAUUGCUUUGGCUCAGAACCCAGUGUUUCAUCGUCGCACCAAGCAUAUUGAUGUUCGGUAUCAUGUUGUCCGUCACUAUAUUCGCAGUGGAGUGAUUCAUCUGGAGUAUCUUGAUACUCAAGUGAUGUUGGCAGAUAUGUUUACUAAGAAUCUUGGUCGUGUGAAGUUUGAGACAUUGGGGGACUACUUGGUAUGA